UUUGCGACGUGGAACCUCACUGUGAAGAACUACAAUCGUAAAUCUCAGCUUUCUUCAGACACCCAUUGCACGUCUAGUAUUCUGCAUCUUACCUUGCCCGAAGAGUCAGCUCACCUCAGACCGAAGCCAAAAUGUCAUCCUCAGCACCACCCCAACCCCCAACAUCAGAAGCCUACAAGACAGCCUCGAACCCAACAACCCGCAACCCCGCCGAAAACGCAGCAGCUCACGACGCCUCCGACCGCGAGACCGCCGCGCGCGACGCAGCGCUAGGCCGCACGCCCUUCCCGCAGUCCCAGUCCCGCUCCGUCGACGACGCGACGCCGAGCUCGCUGGGCGCAGGCGUACACUCCUCCGGCCCCGUGGACGAGACGGAGCGGCGAAAUACCGCGUACGUGUCUGAGGGCGGCGGCAGCAGAGAGUUGGAGAACCCCAACGUCGAGGCUGAGCAGAUGGCGACCCUUGCGGAGGGCAAGGUUGCUGAUGCGGUGGAGAGGAAGAGUGGUACGCAAAAGGUGCCGGGGCAGGAGGUUGUUAAUGAGGAGUUUGGGAGUGGGAUUGAGGAGAAGAAGAAGGAGCAGCAGGAGGCGAGAGAUGCUAUAAAGAAGGCGAGGAGCGAGGGGGUGGACGUUGAUGGUGGUAUUGGGAGAUCGUGAAGGCACAUGUGAGGGAAGCCGCAAUGCUUAGGAAGUACCGCCUACUUGCCCUUAAGACAAGCACAGCACCGUGCCACGUUGAUUUACGUUACAUGGACAUUUGAAAAGCAAAUUUAACGCACAUCUUCAACCCAACCAUUGUAAAGACACCUCAACCAAAAAUGGCAAAAGAGUAGUUCUCCCCUUCCAGAAUCGAACUAGAGACCUUUCGAUGACAAUGUAAC